GUGGUUGCCAAGGCAACUUGACAUCACAGUGACGAACUUCCCCACUUAAAAGCUUUUAACCGGAUCCCUUUCCAGCCCUAGGCCCCAUUUCCAGGCCUCUUAACUGCGCUGCGAGUGCAAGGCUGCGCUGCUGCCACGGCUGCUGUUUCUCCCCCACACACAGCCGGCCGUGGAACCCACAGGCCUCCGACCAGACAGGGCCUUUCAGAAAAAAAGGGUUUUCCCUCAUUUUCUUUCCCUUUCUGACCCUGCUUUUCACAAGAUACUCAGAUUUUGUGUGUUUUUAAAAAUAAAUAAAAAAAGAUAUAAAACAUGGCUGCGGACGAAUGCUACAGCUACAUUGUUCCGGGCCAGAGCGAGAAGCACAGGAGAGCCAGGAACUGGACGGACUCGGAGAUGAAGGGGCUGGUCUACGUGUGGGAGGAGUACGUCACCGAGCUCCGGAAGGCCAAGAGGAACGCCAAAAUUUACGAAAAGAUGGCCAAGAGGUUCUACGAGCUCACUGGCGAACAUCGCCACAGGGAAGAGAUAAAGAUGAAAAUUACCAACAUGACUUUCCAGUACAGGCAAGUGAAGAUGAAGUGCAUGAGCAACGGAGGGUCUUCCCUGCCGGAGUGGCCCUUCUUCAAGGCCAUCGAUAAAAUCCUGUCCAAGGUCCCGGACCCCGGCAGGCAGCACGCCUUCGACUUCCAGCAGUCGGGCCCCUCCACGUCCCACACGGAGGCCUCCCCCUCGCUCCCCGCCACCUCCCCCACGGGCCUCCUGCCCGAGUACACGGGCUCCUCCGACGAGCGGGAGCGGCAGGAGGAGGCGGAGGGUUCGGAGACCUCGGGCAGCCUGCAGUCCCAGGAGUCCAGGUCGCAGCCGGUGGCGGUGAAGAGGAAGAGGGUGCUGCGGUCGAGCCUGAAGAAGAAGAAGCUGAAGGUGAUGGAGGCCAUGCUGCAGGAGCAGCGGAAGGUGAGCCGGGCGGUGGAGGAGACCUGCCGGGAGGUGCGGCGGGUCAUGCACCAGCAGAACUUCCUGCAGGUGCAGAGCCUGCAGCUGCAGGAGCGCAUGAUGAACCUGCUGGAGAAGAUGAUCUCCCCGCCCGUCCAGCCCGCCGCCUGGCCGGCCGCCGGGAUCAAGGAGCCGGGCCACGGACAGGGAUGAGAGGGCCGUCACCGCCCAGGCCUGGAGCCCCGGGCAAAACAAAGGAACUGCCAAGAACUCUGCCGUGUGUCCAGUGAUAUAUAUCUUUUUUUUUUAUUGUUUUUUUUUUUUUUAAAUGUAGCCGAAAAUAUACCAAACGCAUUCGUUCA